UGGGAGUUUUGUGUUGUUAUUGGAAUCAGGAACGAACAUGCUUAAAAUUUGUGACGCUAUCAAAAGAGAAACUCCAACUGAGAAACAAAGAAAAUUAAGCACAUGCAAAAUCACAAACAUUUACAGUAUUCUGAGAAAUUCUGAUAAGCUUUUCGGCAACCAAAGUUUGGCAGGUUUUGAUAUUGGUUUAAUCUGAAGCAGUUACAGACAGUGGGGUGGGGAAAACAGGUCACCGGUAUAUAUAUCGCGCAGUUAUGACUUGUUUCUCUUGUUUGUUCGGCAGGAGAGACGGAUCAUCAACAAAACGAUCUACAGAAUUGGAUGAAGAGCUUUCAAGCGUCCACAAUCUCAAUCUCUUCACAUAUAAAGAGCUAAGAAUUGCCACCGAUGAUUUCUGUCCCACCAAUAAAGUUGGGGAGGGUGGUUUCGGUUCCGUAUAUAAGGGGAGGCUUAAAAAUGGAAAGAUUGCUGCCCUAAAGGUUCUUUCAGCUCAAUCAAAACAAGGAGUAAGGGAAUUCUUGACAGAGAUUAAAGUGAUUGCAGAUAUAGAGCACGAAAACUUAGUCAAGCUUUAUGGCUGUUGUGCGGAAGGAGAUCAUAGGAUUCUGGUUUACAGCUACCUUGAGAAUAACAGUCUUGCUCAGACUCUUCUCGGUGGAGGUGACAGUAGCAUGCUGUUUGGUUGGCGAACACGUACUAGAAUUUGCAUUGGAGUUGCGCAGGGGCUUGCCUUUCUUCAUGAGGAAGUGCGGCCCCAUAUUGUUCAUCGAGAUAUAAAAGCUAGCAAUAUACUCCUUGACAAAGACUUGACUCCCAAAAUUUCAGAUUUUGGUCUUGCAAAACUUAUCCCAGCCAACAUGACUCAUGUCAGUACUCGCGUGGCAGGAACGAUCGGUUACCUGGCACCAGAGUAUGCAAUAAGAGGGCAGUUGACACGUAAAGCAGACGUAUACAGCUUUGGCGUUCUCCUUGUGGAAAUAGUUACUGGAAGACGCAACAUGAAUAGUCGAUUACCUAUCGCAGAGCAAUAUCUUCUUGGAAGGACAUGGGAACUUUACGAGAGAAGUGAGCUUGUGGGAUUGGUAGAUACGUCAUUGAAUGGGGAAUUCGACGCUGAAGUAGCUUGCAGAUUCUUGAAGAUUGGUCUUCUCUGCACCCAAGACGCUCCAAAUAUCCGGCCCUUCAUGUCAACUGUGGUCAAGAUGUUAACGGGUGAAAUUGACAUUGAAGGAAAAGAGAUUAAAAAGCCAGCCCUAAUCUCUGAAUUCAUGGACCUUAGGGACAAAACAACCCACAAAGCUAAGCCUAAUAAAACCAACAGUUCCUACAUUGAUACUUCUAGCUUGGGUAACCUCAAGAAUUCACUGUCGUCAUCGGAAAUGAUGUCUGUGCCAACCAUGACCUUUACUGCAAUAUACGAUCGGAGCAUUUAAUAUAUUUUUUUCAGGUCAUUUGAGAGAGAUUGGUUGAUCAAAUUUCGUUGUAUUUUUUUCUUGGCUUUUAUGGGUCAUGUAAUCUUUUGCAAAUUGUACGGUAGGUAAACCACAGCCAGGAGAAGUAAAAUGUAUAUUUUAAUGUGUUAGUUCGUCUCUUAAUGUAGUUUUUGAGCAGAGAUACUUUUGUAAACUAGUAAACUGACACGUGCGAAACAUGUGAAGUAAUUAAAA